CAUGGGCAACGUUGGUCUGAGGUUCUGGGCAUGCUUGCGGCCCUGUCUCCCCUGCUUGUUCCAGGAGGCCGACAAGCCAGGAGUGGUGAUUGAGAACCCCAUGGCUUGCUGCUCCCCCGGUCCUCCCCAGCUGCAGAGUCAGGAGCCUGGGAGAAGCCAAGGCCACUACUUUGUGGCUCUGUUUGACUACCAAGCUCGGACCGCAGAGGACCUUAGCUUCCGCACGGGCGACAAGCUCCAAGUCCUGGACACUUCCCGGGAGGGCUGGUGGUUCGCCAGGCACUUGGAGAAAAGGGGAGAUGGCUCUGGCCAGCCGCUGCAGGGCUAUAUUCCUUCCAACUAUGUGGCUGAGGACAGGAGCCUGCAGGCAGAGCCGUGGUUCUUUGGAGCAAUCAAGAGAACAGAUGCAGAAAAACAACUAUUAUAUUCAGAAAAUCAGACUGGUGCCUUUCUAAUCAGAGAGAGUGAAAGCCAGAAAGGAGAUUUCGCCCUUUCAGUUUUAGAUGAGAGGGCUGUGAAACACUACAGAAUCAGAAGGCUGGAUGAAGGGGCAUUUUUCCUUACCCAGAGAAGAACCUUUUCAACACUGAAUGAAUUUGUGAGCUACUACACCAAGACAAGUGAUGGCCUGUGUGUCCAGCUGGGAAAACCAUGUUUAAAGAUACAAGUGCCAGUGCCUUUUGAUUUGUCAUAUAAAACCGUGGACCAGUGGGAGAUAGACCGCAAGUCUAUACAGCUUCUGAAGCGAUUAGGAUCUGGGCAGUUUGGUGAAGUGUGGGAAGGACUGUGGAACCACACCACCUCAGUAGCAGUGAAAACAUUAAAACCAGGUUCAAUGGAUCCAAAUGACUUCCUGAGGGAGGCACAGAUAAUGAAGAACCUAAGACAUCCAAAGCUUAUCCAGCUUUAUGCUGUUUGCACUUUGGAAGAUCCAAUUUAUAUUAUUACAGAGUUGAUGAGACAUGGAAGUCUGCAAGAAUAUCUCCAAAAUGAUGCUGGAACAAAAAUCCAUCUGACUCAGCAGGUGGACAUGGCCGCACAGGUUGCCUCUGGGAUGGCUUAUCUGGAGUCCCAGAACUACAUUCAUAGAGAUCUGGCUGCCAGAAAUGUCCUGGUUGGUGAACAUAAUAUCUACAAAGUUGCAGAUUUUGGACUUGCAAGAGUUUUUAAGGUAGGUAAUGAAGACAUCUAUGAACCCAAACAUGAAAUAAAGCUGCCAGUGAAGUGGACUGCGCCUGAAGCCAUUCAUGCUAAUAAAUUCAGCAUUAAGUCUGAUGUGUGGUCAUUUGGAAUCCUUCUUUAUGAAAUCAUUACUUAUGGCAAAAUGCCUUAUAGUGGCAUGACAGGUGCUCAGGUAAUCCAGAUAUUGGGUCAAAACUAUAGACUCCCUCAACCACCUAACUGUCCAUCACAGUUCUACAACAUCAUGUGGGAGUGUUGGAACGCAGACCCCAAGGAACGGCCAACAUUUGAGAAACUGCAUUGGAAACUUGAAGACUAUUUUGAAACAGACUUUUCAUUUUCGGAUACAAACAACUUUGUAAGAUGAACACUGAAGAAGAACAUUCAAUAAUGAAGUAACAAAAGAGUUCAAUAAUCAGUCCAGAAAUAACCUUAUUAAUCGACUGCCAGAAGAGCUUACCUUGACAUAUUCAAGUGAGAGGGUCAACUUGGCCAUGUAUUAUGAAGAUUAUAUGUGCACUUCAUUGACUGGGCAAUACUGCAGGACAGUCUAAGAUGAUAUUUUAUCACUGUCUGGCAAAAAAUCAAACACAUAAACACAGUUUUCUUUUUUAAAAAAAUACAUUUCUAUUUAUUGUUUGAAAUACUGAUCAAGAGGAUCAACAGAUGAUAGUCAAUUUUUACUCAGUGACUGUUGUAGCAUUUUCCUGUUUACUGAUUAAAGUAGUUAUUCAUUAUUCCUCGGAUUGCUGAAUCCCAUCAGGCUGUUAUUAUGAAGGAAUCUGAUUGCUUUGCUGCACAGCAGGACCUGUGCUUUGAGAUUUUUUUUUUCUCUUUUAAAAUAUCCUGUAACUACAAUGAUGGUAAAGCCAUGUGAAAUGACUUGAUUGUACUUGGAGUAAUUGCACAUAUUUUUUUCCUAUGCAUAAAAAAAUGAAGCAGCUGUUGAGAAAAAGAAUUAGAAUUUCUCUCAUUUUGUAGAAGGAAAUGAUGGGAUUUUUCUGUACCUCAGUAUGUGUCAUCUGAGAAUCAUCUACAUUAGUUUUAAUCUCCUAAUGUUAAGAAUCAGAUUGCAAAGCGGAUGAGUUAUUAUCUCUGGAAAUAUGUGAGAAACAUCUAAUAGCCUGAAAAAUCUGAGAAAUAACUAUAAAAUCGUUUAGGAAAAUGAGAGGAGAGCAGUAGGAUUGCUAUGGCUUGGAUUUCUGAAUAAUUUUAAGAAGAUGGACCUUUGGCUUAUAGGCCAGAGUUUUAAAUUGAUUAUGGUACAGGUCAAGGUCAGUUUAGAUCUAGAGGCUAGGAAUAAUGUCUGACUUGGGUUAUGAAGCUGUAUUUUUCUGUCUGGCACGAUAAAAGGGGUUUUUACUCAUCUUAUAUGUGCAUUAACCUUUGUAAGAAUGUUACUGUCUUCUUAAGCAAUGGGUAGAUAAAAUUUUGUGCCCCAUUAGGUGAUUAGGGAGGGUUCUCAGAGGCAGUUUCAGAAUCAAGUAUAUAUUCAGAGAUCUCUGCUGUAAAGCAAUAUGAAUGAAACAAACCACAAGGAAGCAUAAGAUUCUGAGUACAUUCUCUCAUCUUUAAAGGAAAAGAGGAACAUAUCCGAACAGUUUUGGAAACCGAAAUCCAAAGUAGAGGAAGGGCUAAGAAGAAAGUGUCUGAGCUCUACCUGGAAGGCUGGUUCCACACCAUCACCACUUCACUGGUAGUCAUGGGGAC